ACAAGUCAGACCGUAUUUGCAUGAUGCAAGCCCCGCCCUCAUGAGGUUAUAGCUAACGUUAGUGGAUAGUUCAACGUCAUUUUCACACUGCCAGCACAUGAGGAGAGAGGGCAGAGACAAUCAGCUCACACCAAAGCCUCCUAAGACUUUUUACAUCGGCUCUCCAACCUCCAGACAGCACAAUGGCAGAAGAAAAGAUCUCCAUAGAAGAUGUAAAGACGUCCAACGGUGAAGCGCACCUGGACGACACAACCAUCGCCAAUGGCUUGGGUGAUCACAAGAGGAGCGAGCCGGAGACCACCGGGCAGAAGAUGAAACGCUUCGUAUUGGCCAAUCUGCUGGUCAUCCUGACGGUGUCCGCGGUCAUCGUCGGCGUGUUCAUCGGGCUCGGCGUGCGAAGCGCCGGGUUGAGCCGCACGCAGAUCCUUUACUUCGGAUUCCCCGGUGAGCUCCUCAUCCGCCUGCUCAAGAUGAUCAUCAUUCCUCUGGUGGUCUGCAGUCUGGUGUCAGGAGCUGCCAGCCUUGACCCCAAAGCCCUGGGCAAGCUGGGCGGCUGGGCGAUGCUCUUCUUUCUGGUGACCACUCUGAUCGCGUCUGCCAUCGGCGUUAUUAUGGCGUUCAUCAUACAGCCUGGCUCCAGCGACGGGAAAAAAAUUUCCCAACUCACCCAGGAUGACAGCAACGUUCCCGAAGCCAAAGAAGUCAUCGAUUCGUUUUUAGACUUGAUAAGAAAUAUUUUCCCAUCUAACCUGGUAUCAGCUGCCUUUCAGUCGUAUGCCACUAGUUACAAGUUUGUAAAGAAUGACACCAACUCGACCAACUUCUCUUUGGAAAAGGUUCCAGUUGGCACAGAUGUGGAUGGCAUGAACAUCCUGGGUCUCAUCAUUUUUGCUAUGGCAUUUGGUGUGGCCUUGAGGAAACUUGGGGAGGAAGGAGAGAUCCUUAUCAAGUUCUUCAACUCUUUCAAUGAGGCCACCAUGGUGUUGGUCUCCUGGAUCAUGUGGUAUGCACCACUGGGUAUUAUGUUCCUGGUUGCUGCUAAGAUUGUGGAAAUGGAGGAUGUUGGCUUGCUGUUCGCCAGCCUGGGGAAGUACAUCGCCUGCUGCGUCAUUGGCCAUGCCAUCCACGGUCUUCUUAUCCUCCCAUUCAUUUACUUUGUGAUUACAAGGAAGAACCCAUACACUUUCUUGCUGGGAUUGGUCACCGCUUUGGCUACUGCCUUUGGAACGUCCUCUAGCUCUGCCACAUUGCCCCUUAUGAUGAAAUGUGUGGAGGAGAACAACGGUGUGUCCAAGCACAUCAGCCGCUUCAUCCUGCCCAUCGGAGCUACCGUCAACAUGGACGGAGCCGCCUGCUUCCAGUGUGUAGCUGCGGUGUUCAUCGCUCAGCUUAACGGUAUCCCGCUGGACUUCGUCCAGGUCAUCACCAUCCUUGUGACUGCGACGGCGUCUAGCGUGGGAGCUGCUGGGAUCCCUGCUGGAGGGGUGCUGACGCUGGCCAUCAUUUUGGAGUCAGUAGGUCUUCCCACCAACGAUCUGUCCCUCAUUUUGGCUGUGGACUGGCUUGUCGAUCGUACUUGCACCGUCAUCAAUGUUGAAGGCGACGCCUACGGAGCAGGUCUUCUGCAGUAUUUCGUGGAUCGCACUUCCAGUAAAGAGGGGGCGGAGCUAAAUAAGGUGCGAGUGGAGGAAGAAGACCCCGCCUCCAGGCCAGAAAUUUCUCCGCUCAUCGAAAAACAGGGAAGCCUUGAAUUGGAAGAGGUGGCUGGACCUAAACCCUGUGAAAAGGAGUCCGUCAUGUAGACUUGCACACUAUUUUAACAAACUUUGCUUUUGACCUGUCUGAUCUCAAUAAAUCAAUCUCUGCAUCUACGCAGUGACCAUGGGAGAGAUACAGGUUUAGAUUAAGACCGGAGAAAGACUACAUCCUUUUGACCCUCCUCUAUGCCCUGCUCGUUAUGAAAGGAGUCUGCCAAAAAAAAGCACAUUUAGAUGGAAAAAUACUUGAACAAUUAUUUAUUAGAUGCUGGUCAGACAUUUUGGAUUUUUUCUUUAUAGUCUUUUUUUAUGUUUGCUUUACUCCUUUUUAAGAAAAACUCAGUCCGGCAUUUUAAAAUAAUCGAUAUUAUUAUGAUCAGGGCCCCGCGUCAGCUAAGGACGGCCCUGAUUAUGAUCACACAUGCCCUAAUAGUUCUGAUUAUAUGCUAUUGAGUUAAAACUCAGAUUUCUCUCAACACCUUUAUAAAACAUCUCCUAAUAAGCCAAAGCAUCCGCAGAAUCUCUCUGCAUCUUUCAAACACACCAACUACAUUUUUUAGGUGGCUUUAUGGUCCGUUAUGCUGAAAUACCUCAUUCAUGCUGAUUCCCUUUAUGCCACCUCUGGCUCCUCAGAUGCAGGUCCAUCUAACAGGUGCUAAUACCUUCAUUAACUCUUGCUACUAGAGGAGCCAAAAGAAUGGUGUAAGAAUCCUAACUGACAUCUUACAUUCUGCGUCUUUAUCUUUAUGCAGUCACCAUUAUAUUUCACGGCGGGCUCUUCGGGGUCAAGUUGCACCCUAAGGUCAGACAGGAAUGUAAGCACAAUAAUAUAUGGGUGACAUGCAAAGUAAGCCUUGUCUUAAAGCUCCAAGGCUGUUUGGGUCAGAACCUUGAAGUCUGCAGGUAAAGGAAGUUCCCUAUGUGCUGGUUGAUACGCAAGUGGUGUAAACAGAUCCAUUUCAGAAGAAAGCCAUAGAUUAGAGCGUGAAUUCAGACUGGAACCAAGGUUUUAUAUUUUGUAUUUAAGUUAGAAUAAGGCUAAGCAGCUUCCUUGUGUAGGAACAUGUUAGAUGUGUUGACAUGUUUGGUUUCAGUUUGGGUUUCUCUCAAUAUCCUUUCUUUUUCUUCCUUUUUUUUUUGUUGUUUAAAUGUACUUUUUGUUGGCUUAAAUUGUGUACAAAAAAUGCCCUUUUAUGUAAAUUAUGAAGUAUUCAAUUUUGUUUGCUUUUUAAAAGCGUACUUCUGAGAUCUUGUUGAUUUUUUUUUUUCUAUCUAUGUUAUUGCAGAAGAGCACAAAUAUAAAAUGUCUGGCGUUUUGUGAAGGUAGAUAACUUUAUGAGGAGAAAUCAGGCAAAAUAUUCUGUUAAGACCAUUUACUGGUGAAUGUUUGUUAACUAACUAGUAGUUGUACUGGAUUACUUAUUCAGAUUUUUUUUAUAUAUAUAUAUAUAUAUAUAUAUAUAUUAGAAAUGUUUUCUAAAUGUAUAAUCUAAACACACCAGCUGAAGAAAAGUAUCAGAUGACAGGGUGAGAGACAUUUGCCAUUGUACUGUAUGUUGACCAAAUGUUCACCGAAGGAAGUCGACAUAAUAGCCCAUUUUUGUAGAAAUUGGUUUGACUCUGUUGAUCAGUAAGUGGUUAAAUCCGACCAAAGAAACAUUUCUCAUUUUAAAUAUUAAUUUAGCAAUAUAUAUUAUAUACUUUAAAUAGGGGGGGUUGGUGCUUGUAAUCUGCAUUAUUAACAGUCUAUCAUUUCUGUUCUGUUCUGUUAGUGCUCGAGAUGCAUUUCAAAUCACAGAUGUAUUUUUUUUUUUUUUUCAAAUCUCACAAAUGUUCUGACAUCACUCCUUUAAAAGCCAGUACUGUAAAGGCUUCUCAUUCCAGGUGGCUGUAGUGUAGCUGCUCUGCUGAUGCAGCUAUGUGUCUGUGUGUGAGUUUAAUGGGUGGUUGUGUCAUAAAGGGCUGCUUGAUGGUAUCAGUGGAGCCAAAGAGUACUGAGAACCAGUGAAUGUACUCCACACCGACUGCAGAAUAAAGUCUUUUUUUAACUAAA